GCACUGCUGUAUAACACGUGUAAAACUCAUCCAGGGUGGGAUAGCAUUCUCGGAGUUCAGAUCAGACAGUUUCACGGCGACCGUUGACGGCGCGCGAUUAUAAUACCGGUAUACCUUUUCGCAAAGUCAGCGUUUUUGAUUCAAAUUCGUAGUUAUACGUGCGGCGGGGUCUCGGUCAUUUUGAUAUAAAUAAAAGUGGUACACACAUAGGACAGAAUAAUCAUUAAAAAUAAAGAUUUAAAAACAUUUUACGUGCAUAAAAAAUGGCACAAUGAUGAUGUCUUGUGGCAUCACACACAUUAAUUUUGAACUGUAUGAAAUCGUGUCAUUAUUAAUUAUUUUUUAUUUACUAAUCUAACUAGUUAUCUUACAAGCAGAUUAAUUUUUAGUUGAUAGGUGAUAAGCUGCGAAAUAAAAAAAAAGUACAAGUCUCUCCGGUGUAGAUAUAUAGGCGAACUAAUUAUCCUGGCAAAACUUGGAGUUACUAUAAAAAAUAAUAGAAUAUUACUGUCUUGCAUAACAUUGUGUUGCGGAAGUUUGCUCAACGUAUUUAAAAGACGAAAGGUGAUUAGAUUAGAUGGACUAGAUGAAAAUUAUAUGACACGAAACGUAAGAGUGCGAUAGGAGUAUAGUGUUUCGUGAGACGAGAAUAUAAGUGCAAACGAUAAAGUUACAAACAUUUCUCACACGCAACAAAGAUUGGACUUGCGAAACAUGUUGAAACAGGUGUCAUUUUAUUCUACCCUAACCCCGGAGGAGAGGGCUCGAACGCACCCUUUUAAGAAGACUAGAUGCGUGAUAAUGUCCUCCGGAGAACCAUCACCUCCGGCGCAACCAUCGAUAUCCACGACGAGUUUCGAUGAGCUGGACGACGCGAGACUGGUCAAUACCACUCCUGUAACGUCGCAACCAGCGAAACCCAGCGGAGACAUCACAGACACCGAGGCGAUAGAGGAAGCAGUGCCGAUCGUACAGAAGACUUUACCCGUGCCGCAGUCGAAACCAGAGAUCGAGAGGAACGGUCUCGACGUCGAUACGAAGAAGUCCCCCGACGAGCAGGACGUUUCCUGCCUGAUCAAUUGCAUUUACUACACACAACAAUGCUGCGAUUGCACGAUAGUCUGAGACCGUUAGAGGUCCUUAGUUAAAUAAUGGAGCCAGGAGCGUCUCGCGAUUUCUCCUCGAUUUUACUUUUCACGAGAUCUCGAGGGGCGCUCCUCUCUUUCCGGCGAAAAAAUUUAAAAUCUGAUUAUGCAAUAAUAAGUAUCGCGCGCUGUGAGGAUAUAACUUUGUGAUAUACGAGAGAAGUAGGAGGAAAUCCUCGCGGUGUGUGACAUGUAGAAAAUUUUAUAAAUAAAUAUAUGAAAUAUUGCGCGUAACGCUCGCAGUUACAACCCAAGAUUUGGAUGCUGUCGUAUAAUAUUUCGAGCACCCGUUAAUCGAUCAAAAGCGAUCUAAGAAACACGAGUAAAUAAUUAACUUAUUUUUGAGAGCACGCUUUAGCGUGAGGUUUAUCGUAUAUAAUUGCAAAUAUGCACUGCCACUGUAUCACGUGAUCGUGGUAAACCGUAAUGGUAAGUCGUAAAGAAUGCGUCGAGAGAUAUUACAAAAGUCAGUUAUUAGUUCAUAAGCACAUUUUUCCGCAUAUGUUAUAGAACAAAUUAUUUGCUAUACCCCUUAUCAUGUCUUCCUUAAAACCUGAGGUCAAUAUUAAUGACACGAAUUUAACAGUAUUAAUCGCGACAAUCGUCUGAAACACGACAGGCUUGUGUCUGUCUAUAAUUUUGCAAAUUUGCAAGCUAAGAGAAUCGAUCUGUAGCAUGUAAAGAACGCAUAUAUAUAUAUAUAUAUAUAUAUAUAUAUAUAUAAAUGACGUAUAUAAGUUAUCUUUCGUUUUUUUUCCGGCAACGGAAUUGACAUUACAAUAAUAUCUUAAUUGAAAAUUGCACAGAGAAAAUCUAAAUGAUUGAAAGUGGCAGAUAGAUUGCCGAACAUUUUCGGACAGGCAAUUGGUGCGAUUAAUUGAUUUUUAACGAUACAAUUGAUAAAUUGUAAUUGAUCGCGCUAAUUGAUUUGAACUGUUCAGAUUUAUCUCAGUCAUUAAAAUAAUAUCAAACAGCAUUCCUGUACGUUCAUAUAAGGAUGCAUUUAUUACAAACAAAGAAUAAUUCCAGAUUUUUUCUUUAAUGCGCCAGUAAUUAUAGAAGUAGUAGUAUUUCUAUAGCGCAGUUGAUGAUUAAAUCGAAUUUUAUUUUAUA